GAUAGUGGCAUUAGGUGCGGAGCUAGUGUAGUUCAUUGAUCUGCCUGUUGAUAAGCUAUGGGAAGCUCUUGACAAGUGAUAGCGUGUAACUUGUAUGCGGCCGCAAAAUGUGACGAAUAGUACGCAGAUUAAAAAAAUACAUGAUAUAUUUUUUUUAAAUAUGUAGUUUAAAGAAAGACGUUUCUGUAAAAUAUUUAUUCAUAUCACCAUGCUGCCGUAAACUUCAACUCCUUCGAAGUGGAUGUGUAUUUUCAACUUCAACACUUAGUUUGAACAAGAUGGAAGUUAUCACACCAUAAACGUUCUGCGGUGACUGAGGAGAUGGGAAAAUGGGAGAUAUCAAUGAACCCAGUGCAGGAGUGGGGUGAGGAGUUUGAGGAGGGGGCGUUGUAUGGAAUCACCCUGCGUCGGGAGCCCGUCCAGAUACCAGCCAGCCCCACCGAGGCCCGGCCAUGCGUUGCCUUCGUCCAGUACCGGACCUGUAAGGUGCGCAGGCUGAAGGCAGCCACCCUGAACCGUCUAGUGAGCCACCUCCUGGACCCCUGCUGCCAGGAGCCCGACUACAGACGGAUCUUUCUGUCCACCUACCAGACCUUCACCACUACCAGUGCACUCAUUGAGCUGCUCUUCCAGAGGGACAAUGGGGCUUCAGACGUGUACAACAGUGAAUGUCACAGGAGGUGUCUGUUGCCCCUGAUCCAGACUUGGUUGGAGGAGUACAGUGAGGACUUCCGGGAUCCUCCUCAGCAUCCCUCCCUAAGGCUGCUGUUGGACCACCUGCACUACCUAUCCUCCUUCUGUUCACUGGCCCAGCGCUCUGAAACUCUGCUUAAGAAGUUCCAGAGAGAAGAAAUGGAUAAUGGUGGCCAUUCUGCACAGGCUGAGGUUAAUCAGGAAAACGAGAGCUCAGGGGAGGAAGGCCUAGAAUGGUACAGCCCACUGGAUCAGGGUGACAUCAUGGACUUCUCAGUCACAGGCAUCGCAGAACAGCUCACCCGACUGGACGCUGGGCUGUUUAGGAAGGUGGUUCCCUACCAGUGUCUGGGCUGUGUGUGGUCCCAGAGAGACAAGAAGGAGAACCUGUCUGCUACCGUUAGCGCCACCAUUUCCCAGUUUAAUGCAGUCACCAACCGAGUCAUCACCUCCCUGCUCUGCCGGCCCACCUCCAGCCCCACUUCUGUCCGCAGGGCCUCCAGCCCAGCUCAGAGGGCCUGCGUCAUUGAGAAGUGGAUCAGAGUAGGACAGGAGUGUCGGCAGCUGAAGAAUUUCUCCUCUUUGAGGGCCAUCCUGUCUGCCCUUCAGUCCAAUGCUGUCUACAGGCUGAGGAAGACGUGGGCUGCUGUGUGUAGGGACAGCGUGGCCAUCUUUGAUCACCUCUGUGAAACCUUCCCUGAUGAGAACUGUGUGUUAAGCAACAGAGAGAUCAUUGUGGGGGAUGGAAGCCAAACAGCCAUGGAUAACAUUUCUCCCAAGAUAUCCAAGCAAUGUCCUAUUGCCAGACAGAUGAGCACCUCCAGUGGGGUGGUUCCUUACCUGGGCACAUACCUGACUAUCCUCACAAUGCUGGACACUGCUCUACCAGAUACUGUGGAGGGGGACCUCAUAUACUUUGAAAAGAGGAGGAGGGAGUUUGAGAUUCUCUCUCAGAUCCGGCAGCUCCAAACCUCCUGCUCUCAGUACAACCUGCCCCAUCACACCAGGAUCACUGCCUGGUUGCAGGGCCAGAAGCUGCUCACUGACCAAGAGAGCUAUGAACUGUCCAGAAACCUGGAGCCUCCAAUAGACCUCUGCUCCCCAAGCGCCUGGAGCCACCGUUUGCUCAGCAAGAAACUGUCCUCACUCCUGAAAGUGAGUGAGGGAUCCAGCAGGAAAACCCAUGCAGACCAGAUCAGUGUGUCGUCUUCAGGGUCCAGUGGCUCUGAGAUGGAGGAUCUCUCCACCCCUCCUUCCACACUCAGACUGCAGUCUCUGUCCAGCUCCUGUCAAAAUGUGACGGAGGCCUUACCCUCCUCCCCGGAUGGCUCCACUCCCUCCACUUGUUCCUCCAGUUCUCAGCCUGACCUCUCUGCUCCAGUGGCUGCCCACCCUAAACCCAUGCUGGCCUCUCAUCACAAGCGCUCUGUGUCCAUGACCUCCCUCCCCCUCUACAACAGACAGGUGGCUGACUCCUGUAUAGUGAGGGUCAGUGUGGAGGCUGGCAACGGCAACAUGUACAAGAGCAUCCUGCUGACUGGUCAGGACAAAACUGCCCAGGUGAUCCAGAGGGCCCUGGAAAAACACAACCUGGAGCACCUGACCUGUCAAGACUUCACCCUCACACAGUUGAUCUCCCAGGAAAGAGAGUUACUCAUUCCGGACAAAGCUAACGUCUUCUACGCCAUGUGCACGUCGGUGAACUUUGACUUUGUUCUGCACCAGUGUCCAAAGGGUCAAAAGAAACCUCUGUGCGCUACUUCCAGCCUUGGACAUUAUUCAAAGUAGACACUGUUCUAUGGCAAUGAUGAGUAACUGCAAACCAGGACUGAGUUCAAAGGAUUUUGUACAGACAUUUACCUGGUUGUACUUUUGUUUUUAAUAACUUUCUUUUAGGACAAAAAUCAUGUUUAAAUAUUCCAUGAUGGACAGACCCCUGUUUGGUUUGUUGUCAAGUGGGUACCAUGAGAGGAACAGGUGGAAGAUGAUAGUAUGAUGGCACUUCAUAUAAAAUACACGUGUUGUGUAUAUACGUCUGAAGACAACCGAUUUGGGGCUACAUUUUGAAACCCAUUGAACAGAAUGUCCUUUAUUUAUUGGUGGAGCGAACUCUACAUGAUUUCCACCAUUGAACACUCAACAUUCCUCAAAGACUUCCUUGAGGUGCUUUACUUUGUGGAAAGGAGUCACAUUGGAACAGCAUCAGCAGUGACUGUGAUGCUCUCUCCCUCAGUCACACACCAAUAUACAGACACGUAAUAGUUGUUUCCUAUUGUCUCUUCUCCUCUGAGCAAAACCAGUCACCUAUUUGUUUUAAUGAGAGAGAUGACUGACGUUUCCCAACAGGGAGAGACAACCUAUGAGACUUAAAAGGGAAUGAGGUCACAGGAGACGGCCUGCCACCUGAGAAGUGGAUGGGAAUGUUCUCACCUGGAUCACUAUGUUCCCCAGGGUAUCAGCCCGGCGUCAUGGCGAUACUGAUUGGAGCUGUGCGUGCGAAAGGAGGGGCUGCCCUGACUGGCUGGAUAGCAUUCCACAUACGCUACAGUCAGCUGCUGUAGAGGGGACACUGACAAACAUUUAUGGACUCAGACUGUCAAAGUUUUAAUGAUGGUGAUAGUAAUGUGUGUUGCAAAUGGUUCUGUGUUGCAUUUCAGUGUUAAUACUUUUUUUUUUUUACAUUGUUUUCUAUUUGUCUCCUAUAAUGUUACCAACGAUAGAGCAACGGAAGAAUUCAGUUUGAGUCGUCAGGCAAGGCUGUGUGCACUUGUCAAUUGAAUAUAAAAUAUACUGAACAAAAAUAUAAGCGCAACAAUUUCAACUAAUUUUACUGAGUUAGAGUUCAUGUAAGGAAAUCAGUCAAAUGAAAUAAAUUCAUUAGGCCCUAAUCUAUGGAUUUCACAUGACUGGGCAGGGGUGCAGACAUCGGUGGGCCUGGGAGGGCAUAGGACCACCCACUUGGGAGACUGGCACACACACUGGGGAGCAAGGCCCAGCCAAUCAGAAUGAGGUUUUUCCCCACAAAAGGGUUUUAUUACAGACCGAAAUACUCCUCAGUUUCAUCAGCUGUCUGGGUGGCUGGUAUCAGACGAUCCCACAGGUGAAGAAGCCGGAUGUGUAGGUCCUGGACUGGCAUAGUUACACGUGGUCUGAGGCCGGUUGGACGUACUGUCAAAUUCUCUAAAACAACGGCUUAUGGUAGAGAAAUGAACAUGCAGUUCUCUGGCAACAGCUCCGGUGGACAUUCCUGCAGUCAGCAUGCAAAUUGCCCAUUCCUUCAAAACAUCUGUGGCAUUGUGUUGUGUGACAACUGCACAUUUUAGACUGGCCUUUUAUUGUCAGCAGCACAAGCUGCACCUGUGUAAUGAUCAAGCUGUUUAAUCAGCUCCUUGAUAUGCCACACCUGUCAGGUGGAUGGAUUAUCUUGGCAAAGGAAAAAAUGCUCACUAACGGGGAUGUAAACAAAUUUGUGGACAACAUUUGAGCAAAAUAAGCUUUUUGUGCGUAUGGAAAAAUGUCUGUGAUCUUUUAUUUUAGCUCAUGAAAUCAUGGGACCAAGACUUUACAUGUUGCAUUUAUAUUUUUGUUUAGUAUACAUUCUAAACCAUGCCAGGUUUCUUGACUGUUUAAAACUUGCAGAUGAAUCACCGAUUGAUAGGCAUUUCCAAAAUAUGUUUUUUAAAUAUCAGUGUAUGACACUACAGUAGCUUAAUUUAGAUGUUUAGAAGGACUAUCAUGCAAAUAAGUGUUUGAUAUAUUAAAACUUUCCACUAUGAUUGAACCAAGUUGGUUAUGCAACAUUCUGAAAAAAGGUGAAAAGAAAUUCAAACACUUAGGUGCUAUAAAUAACUCGAGGCGCUUUCAUCUGCCAGAGAAUUUCAUCCAGCGCUUGUAGAUGGGUAAUUUGAACCAAGAUUUAAAUCUAAUGUAUAUUACAAAUCUGCCAAAACUGAAUUCUCAGAGGUUGCUUAGUUGGUCUCUUUGAGAUGAAUAGCGUUAAAGAUAAUUGUAAACUAAAGAGGAAGUGUUAAAUAUAUAUGGAUUGUACAAUGCUAUGUGAAAAUCCUGCAAACAUGAAAAAACUGAAUGAUUCAAGCAACAGGAUAUCUCAAAUGCCUGUACUUUUACUGAGCUGUCCAGUUUCAUUGUCUCUGUGCUCAAAAUAAAGUUUCUCUACACCUU